AUGGGAGUGGACUCGAAAUUGUCAUGCCACGUCUGUCGUCCGACCGACGAGAAAGACAUGCAUGACCGUACUCGAGCCCAGGAGAUCAACAUCAUGAUCACAGAGGUGUUUGGGUCCAAUCCCAUCCCCGAAUGCAGUGCCAUCAAAGACUACUCUGCCCCGAACGCGGGCCAAAUGAAUUGCCCCGUCGGGAAGGGGGCCGUCUGCGUCAAGGAGAGAAACCGUGAUUGGACGGCAAGAUACUGUGAAAAGAAAUUCCCGGACGACGAGGGGGAUUGCGACUAUAAAAAAGGAGUGAUCAAGUGCACAUGCGCCGAUAACUACUGCAACCCGGCCUCCAUCUCGCGCAUGAGUUCAUUCCUGCUGCCUUUCGCCUCCCUCUCCUGGAUGGCGACCCGAUUCCUGGAUUUGUGAAGUGAAGUCUCUGGGCCACUUGGGAUGCACUUGCAGCCAAGGCUUGUCUUUGAAGGAAUUCAUUAAAUAGACGGUGAUUUCCUAUGCAAUAUUUAUGUGGCUCCUUUCUUAACGAACAAUAAAACCUCCAACACAGCUAACUCGUUCAUGUGAUGUAGGGAUGGAAAAGCCAGCAGAACGCAAUGGUGUACAUUUCUUUAACCGAUGUAUGAUUGUGAAACACAUUGCAUAGAAAUUAUACAUAUUGGUCUCUAUUUUCUUUUGAUGCUGAAGCUCUUCUCUUUUGCUUCACCAUUCUUGGUUUGCA